CAUUGAGUUAACACGUAUUUCGUUCGGGUAAAGUCGUCUUCAUACAAAUAUUUAUUUUCUGCUCUGCCGUCGGUAAGGUUUAGUAGUCUACAGUGUGAAGUAUCGGUAAUGUACAACGUGUAAAGUUUGCUGCGCAGUCAACGCAGACCACCAACAGCGACAGCGACAGAGCUAAAACUGCGUCGACAGCGCGGUUAUUGUUAACAGUCGCAGCAGCAGCAGUGGAUGUGUAGUAAUUUAAGCGCUGUUUAUUCUGUAUUUCGCUGCUAAUACUCUGUCGCAGCAGUUAGUUGUAUUAAAGAUUGACUCGCUGAUAUCCAAUGGAACUUUAUGCUCAUUCUUGCACUUAAUCUACCGAUAUAUAGAAGCAGGAAAUUUAUUAAAGUAUAAAGGGUUCUCAACACUCUCCAGUCACCAGUGUCUCUAUCAGUGCUUCACCAUGUAAAUGCAAUAUGUCAUACAAUUUUUAUGCCCGUUGAGUUAAACUAAAACUUCCAUAUGAAUUCGUUUCAUAACAUUUAAAACAACAUAAGGACAUAUAAGCCAGUUAAUUAAAGACACCCUACGAAAAGGAUGUGAAUGAGGACGCCGCCAUCGGCACAACCGUAUUCAAUCAAAUACUCGUAACAGACCGCGAUACCAUCGGCGAGAGUCUCGACCUAAAAUGCCUGCCACAAGAGCAAAGCCCAGAGGUGUGCAACAAAUUCAGUUUGGAGCCAUUGUCGCGUGAGCCAACCGUAUUAAAGGCGGCCGUUGUGCUGAAUGACACGCUGAAUUAUAAUCAACGCAUGAUUUAUCACUUUCAAAUUGAAGCGACGGAUGACGUACAUAAAUCACAAACGAAUUUCGAAGUACGCGUCAAGGAUGUACAGGAUAAGCCGCCUGUAUUUCAGGGCUCCUUGUCGUCGGUCAUCGAUCAGGAUAGUCCCAUUGAUACGCCAGUGCUGAAGGUGCAGGCACGCGAUGGCGACACAGGCGAACCGAGGAAAAUCGUUUACGAUUUGUUAACGAAUCCCAUGGACAAUUUUUUAAUGGAAUGAGAAAAGUGGUGAAUUACACACAGCCAAACUGUUAGAUCGUGAAGCACUUCCCGAUAGUACAGGCUUAAUUACA